CAACCUAGAAACUGCGUUCUCUCUCGAGUCUCGGGUAUAUUUCUCUCUUCUUUGUCUUCUUCUUGCACAAAGUAUCACAUGGAGGAUGCAAGCAAAAAGAGAAAAAACUGCCUUCAUCAUGAUGACGACGUUGAGGAAGAUGACGAACAAAAAAUGGAAAAGUUUUUUGCGCUCAUCAGGAAUAUCCGAGAGGCUCGUGAUCAGCGUGUGAGAUCGAAUGGCCCAGAUGUAAUAAAAGGAUCGAUAGACAACAAGAGAUCAAAGAUGAAUAAAGUCAUCGAGGAAGAGAAGAAGAUCAAGAUCGUAACUGAAGUUUGGAAGCCGUCCUUCGAACCCGAAGACUUCAUGGAAAAGGUGGCCGGAGCUCAGUUCAAAACAGUUCUGGGUUCUUCUCAAAUUCAAGAGACUGAUCAGGAAAAAGAAAAAGAAGAAGAAGAAGGUUUACUAGACCUAAAGCUCUCACUUUAGUGUGUACUUCCCACAUGUACUCAUGCAAAGAAGAUCAGAUAAAACCCUAGCUUCUGUUUAUAUAUGUUAGUGAAGUUGUUAAUUAGCUAGAUCUAUGUAUAAUCAUGGGAGAUCUUGAGAUCCAGGGAAAUUAAAAGCUAAGUAGCAAGCUAGCUGUGCCAUUCUAGCUAUCACUUUAAUUAGGAACUGAGUUCUUAGCAGCUAGAAAUCAUGAUAAAUGCAAAAAAACAGUGCAAUAUCUGAAGUUUUAAUGGUUAAUUAUGCUCAUUUUG